UCAGUUCAUAAAGCUAAUGAGAUGAAGAUCUUGGUAGUAUUUAUAAUUUUUUCAAUUUCCCAAGUUCUUACAAAUCCUGUUGGUGGUAACGAAGAUGAACCAGAAGUACAGCAAACAAGUGAACAUAGUCAUCCAUAUGGAGGACCAAUUAAUCUCAUGAAAUUUGAUGAACAUGAAAAUGUGAUAAUUGAUGAAGAUUCAUUAGAAAGAACAUUCAAUCAUCCUUUAGUUAAAGAUCGUAAAAUUGUGGCUGUCUCAAUCAUCGGAGCGUUUAGGAAAGGAAAAUCAUUUUUGAUGGAUUAUGCAUUGAGAUAUAUGUAUGCGAAUUACAAAUCAGUAGCAUUUCCCGAUAAUCCUCUAACAAGUAAAACUAAUUGGGUUGGAAAUCUAGAAGAGCCUUUAACUGGAUUUACAUGGCGUGGUGGUGCUUCAAGAGACACAACUGGAGUUGUAUUAUGGUCGGAUGUGUUUUUAGAUGAACAAAAAGAUCCAAAGACCAAGAAAAUUGAGAAACUUGCUAUAAUUUUGAUGGAUACUCAGGGACUUUUUGACACAAAAACCUCAGCGACCGAUAAUUCAAGAAUUUUUGCACUUGGAACACUAAUUUCAUCUGUACAAAUUUUCAAUCUGAAUGAUGUUAUUCAAGAGAAUCAGUUAGAGUAUCUUCAUAUGGCCACAGACUUCGCCAAAUUCGCGAUGAAACAACAUAAAAAGUAUAGCAAAGGAUCUAAAAACUACAAACCAUUCCAGACUUUAAUAUUUCUAAUGAGAGACUGGCAAAAUGUUGUUGACUUUGAGUACGGAAAUCAAGGAGGAGCAGAAUAUCUAGCACAAGUUUUAAAUAUUGAUCCUAAGCAGCCAAAAACACUCCAAGAUGUCCGAAAAUAUAUUAAAGAAUCAUUCGAUCAAAGAUUGUGUUUCUUAAUGCCUCAUCCAGGCUUUGAAGUUGUCAAUAACAACAACUAUGAUGGACGAUUUAGUGCUUUAAGUGAGGACUUUCAAACUCAACUUAAAGACUUUCUCUAUUCACUUUUACAGCCAAAGAAUCUUAAGAAAAAGAAAAUUUUAAACAAUGAAGUUGUCGGUACUGAAUAUCUUGAAUAUUUAAAGGUGUAUUUUGAAGCUUUCCAAUCAAAUGAAAUUCCAAAAAUUGAUACUUUACAUGGAAUUACUGUUCGCAAGCAAUACGAUAUAGUUAUGACGGAAGCUUUUAUAGAAUAUCAAAAUAUACUUGGUGGAAUUACAAUUGACAUUCAGAUUGGUGAUCAAUGGAAGGAAAAGAAUGUUCUUGAACAGGAAAUGAAUCAAAUACACCAAAAUGCGAAGCAAAAUGCUAUCAAAAUAUUUAAGGAUAAGAAAAAGCUUGGAAGUGAAGCAGAUGAAAAGAAAUAUGAAGAUGAAUUGAGAGCUAAACUUGAGACAAAAUUCAAUGAAUGGAAAGCCUUCAAUUUCAAUAAAUAUCAAGAAUUAAAAACUGUUGACGAAGCUAACAAGAUUAAACUUAGUGAAAUGAAAAACGAGACUGAUAUAAAAAUCCAGCAAGAGCAAGAAUUGGCAAGAAUAGAACGUGAAAAAUUGGAAAGAGAGCAUCAAGAAAAAACUAAUAUACUUGAAGGAACUAUCCAAGAGGUAAGAAAUAAAACGACUGAAGAAAUCAAAAUAUUGCAGGCAGAAUUCAAUAAAACACAAAUUGAAGCUGAAAGACAAAGGCAAUUGCUUUUGGAUCAGCUAGAAAAUGAAAAAUUACAAAUUAAGAAAAAGGCAAAGGAUGCUGAGAUACAAUUAAAAAAUCAGCUAGACAGCAUGCAACAAGAAAUGAGGAAAAAGGAAGAAUUAAUAAAAAAAGAAAUAGAAGAUAAAAAAGAAGAGAAAAUUGAAAUGCUUAGAAUUAAGGCGGAAGAAAGGAAAAUGGAACUUGAACGUCAGACGAUAAUUGAAGCAAACCGAGCACAAAUUAUGGCAGCACAAAGGGAGGCUGAAAAAGAACGAAUACAAGAAGAAAGAAGUAUUAGGAAACAAGCCGAAAUACAAAAAAGAGAAGAACGUAAAAGGGCUGACCGUGAGCAAAGGGAAGCUUUUCAGUUAUUCCAACAACAAAUCGCAGAAUCAAGAAUUCAAGCUCAAAGAGAAGAGAGAGAAGCUCGCGAACGAAGUGACAGGCAGAUGCAAAUGAUAAUGGCGAAUGCAAAUGCAAAACCUAAAGAAGAUUCAGGCACUGGAACUAUUUGGGCUGUUGUUGGUGGAAUUGCGGCUGCAUCACUUUUUCUUGGAUGAAUUUCAAAAAAAAAAAAAAAUUAAAAGACUCUAAAGAUUCAAUAAAUUUCAGAAAUCAAAAUUAUUGUCACAACUUUAUCUUCUUAAAAGUCUGUUAAAUGAUCGUUAAGAAAGCUUAUCAGGAUAAUUUAAUAUCUAAACUGUAACUUCGCUUAUCCAAAGGAAAUAUUUGUUUUGGUUAAUAAAGAAAACUUUUUAUAACGGA